UAGUUUGUUGUAGCAACCAGUCACAGCUGUGCUCAUUGCUCUAUCUUCUUUUCCAAAAGGCGCCCUUCCAAAACCACAUUGUAUUCUUCAACAAGAUUCAUUCAAAAAAAGAAAAAAAAAUUAAUCUUUUUGCCAUUUGCUAGCAGUUGCUUUUCUCGGAAGCCAUUCAUAUUUUUCUCUAUAAACUUCUUCCUUUUAGCAAUUUCAUGCUGUCUCCAUUAAAGCUUUCACGUACCCAAUCUCCCCCAUUUCUCACGAGAAACUCUUUUGCUUCUCACCGAAAAGCAAUACCCAAAAGUCUUUCACUUCUCCCUUAUAUAAACAACCCCUUCUAUUUUUCUUUCAUCUACACGAAAAGAUAGUUAAAUCAUUUUCAUAAUCAUGCGGAUAUUGUUGGUUCUGUUUUUAGCUCAUGUGAUCAUUUUUCAUGUUGCAAAUGCAAUGCUUCACCCCAUUGAUUUCUUGGCAUUACAAGCGAUACAUAAAAGCUUGAGUGAUUUACCCGGUUCGAAAUUUCUAGCUUCAUGGGAUUUCACUUCCAACCCAUGUAACUUUGCUGGAGUUUAUUGUGUUAAUGAUAGGGUGAUCACAUUGAAUCUUGGUGACCCGAGAGCCGGGUCACCGGGUCUUACGGGUAGACUCGACCCGGCUAUUGGGAAACUUUCUGAUUUAGCUGAGUUUACUGUAGUCCCUGGCCGGAUAAUCGGCGUAUUGCCGGAAAGUCUUUCACAGUUGAGGAACUUAAGGUUUCUCGGAGUUAGCCGAAAUUUUAUCUCCGGUAGGAUUCCGGCGGGUUUGGGUAAACUCCGGCGACUCCAAACACUUGAUCUUAGUUAUAAUCAGCUCACUGGAAAUAUCCCGUGGGCAAUCGGAACACUUCCGGUUCUUUCCAAUUUCAUUCUUUCUCACAACCGGUUAACUGGUUCAGUACCGCCUUUCGCUUCCCAGCGAUUAACCCGGUUCGAUCUCAAACACAAUUUACUUUCCGGUUCGUUAUUACCCAAUUCGCUUCCGUCUUCACUCGAAUAUCUCUCAUUGUCAUGGAACAUGUUAACCGGUUCUGUCUACCACUUAUUAGCCCGGUUAAACCGGUUAAACUAUCUCGACCUUAGUUUAAACCGGUUCACAGGGUUUAUUCCGGGUGAAUUAUUCAAAUUUCCAAUAACCAAUCUUCAGCUACAAAGAAAUCAAUUCACCGGUCGAAUAUACCCGGUUGGACCGGUAACAAUUCCCAUUGUGGACCUUAGCUUCAACCGGUUCUACGGAGAAAUAUCACCAUUAUUCUCAAAUGUACAAAUAUUAUACAUGAAUAAUAACCGGUUCACGGGUCAGGUUCCUGGUAUAAUUGUGGACCGGUUAUUAUCAGCUAAUAUACAUGUGUUGUAUUUGCAACAUAAUUUUCUUACGGGUAUAGCAAUCAACCCGGCUGCAGAAAUUCCGGUUCGGAGCUCAUUUUGUUUGCAGUAUAAUUGCAUGGUUUUGCCGGUCCAGACACCUUGUCCAUUGAAAGCCGGAAAGCAGAAGUCACGGCCUACGGCUCAGUGUGGGCAAUGGAAGGGGUAAAAUGUCAGAAAUCACAAUAAUAUUCAUUUAUUAAUUUUGAAAUUAAAGGGUAAAAAAGAAAAAUUCGAAAUGUGGAUAAAAAAGAGAAAAUUAGAGUAAAAAGGAUAAGAGAUAAGUUUAGUUAUUAUGUGUAUGCUUUUUUGGUGAGCCAAAAAUUGUGACUAGCAAUUUUUGGCAUUUCUUGUAAUUAGAUAUAUACUGGUUUACCUUAUUAAGUAUGUUGCAAAUUUUCUAGCUUUUUCUGAACAUUAAUGUUCUUUUUCUUGUUUUGUACUGUAGUAAAAUUUUGCUUUAUGGGAUGUGCUUGCCUUUUA